AUGGCUGUUUUCCGGUUCACGUUGCUGUUGCAAGUGGGAAUUGUUAUUGGAUUAAGUCACACAUAUGCAGAAUGGUCCGCGCGCGAGAGCGAUGUCAGACGGCGGCCAGCGAACAACAGCACUGGGAGCAACCCUCGCCUCGCGCACCUCAGCGCCCUCCGCUCCCCCAAAGAUGCGGCGGAGCGCGCGCAGAAGACCGGUGGGCAUCUCCCGAAGGUGGUCACGGCUUUCCUACACACGGGGGAUUCCAGCACUUUAAAACACGCCAACUGUUCCCGGAGAUACGAGCUCACCUCUCUGCGGGCAAGGUCACACGCGAGCCCUCAUCCCUCCAUGGGCAGCGUGCUCGACACGGUGGUGCACGCCACAAACUUCCUGAACAUGAUGCUCCAGGCCAACAGGUCCAGGGAGCAGAGUCUGCGGCGAGACAUCGAGUGGUACCAUGCCCUGGUGAGGAGCGUGCUGGAGGGAGACCCGAAGAUUCACCGGGCGGUGGUCACGUUCAACACGGAGCCGUCCUCCGCGGGGCCCUCGGUGCUUCUUCAGGCGACCCGGGCGGGCGGGGAGAUCGUUCUGCAGGACCUUUCCGCCACGGCCCAGCAGCACCUGAAGGACCGCACGGUGGAGACCGAGUGGUACCAUGACGUGAAGAACAGGAAAAUGCCCAAUUUUCACAAGCGAGUGUUGAGUCAGGACUUCACGUCUGUGGACAAUUCUUUGAAAAGAGGCGAGAGUUUCAUUCCAGACAAAACCAACAUCAAGUGGUCUGCCCCGUACCUGGAGUGUGAGAACGGGAACUUCGUCCCCCGAUGGCUCCUGACCCUGUCGGCUGGAUUCUACGGCCUCAAGGCCAGCCUGGCGCCAGACUUCAGGGGUGUGGUGCGCGUGGACAUUAAUCUACAGGAUGUUGAUAUCGACCAGUGCUCCACCGACGGCUGGUUUGCAGGAACCCAUCGAUGCAACCUAACCACCAUGGAGUGCCUGCCCAUCGGUGGUCAUGGGUUCGUCCUGGACAAAUACACCUGCCUCUGCCGGAGAGGCUUCUACCAUCCCAACCGUGUGGCUGUCAAUGGGUUCACAAGGGAGGCCGAGGCUGGGAGACCGUCCCAGAGGGAGGACAGCAGCCCUGUGGGGGACGAGGCCGGACCCUCGUCGUCCUCCAGCGCCUGCAUGCCCUGCGCGGAGGGCUGCGCGUACUGCCGGGACGACACCCCCUGCCUGGCGCGCGACGACGGCCCGUUGCGCCUGGCCGUGCUGGCCUUCCAGUGCAUGUGCAUGCUGCUGCUCUUUGCCAGCAUGGUGCUGGUCUACCGCUACCGCAGGAACAAGGGCAUCCGGGCGUCUGGGCUGAUUCUGCUGGAGGCCAUCCUGUGUGGAGCGCUGCUGCUGUACUUUCCUGUCCUCAUCCUGUACUUCCAGCCCAGCGUGUUCCGCUGCAUCCUCCUCAGAUGGGUUCGACUGCUGGGCUUCUCCACCGUCUACGGCACCCUCACCCUGAAGCUGUACCGGGUCCUGAAGGUGUUCCUGUCGCGCACGGCGCAGCGCGUCCCGUACAUGACCAGCUGGCGGGUGCUGCGUCUGCUGGGCAUCAUCAUGCUGGUGGUCUGCUGGUUCCUGGUGGCCUGGACCUCCGCCGUGUGCCAGCACCCGGACCCCCGGGGGGCCCUCAUCCACGUGGGCUACACCCCCGACCGGCUGCAGUUCAGCAUGUGUCUGAUGGACCGCUGGGACUACAUGAUGGCCGUCGCUGAGUUCCUGUUCCUGCUGUGGUCGGUGUACCUGUGUUUUGCCGUGCGCACCGUCCCGUCGGCGUUCCACGAGCCGCGCUACAUGGCCUGCGCGGUCCACAACGAGCUCGUCCUGUCGGCCAUCUUCUACAUCGUCAGGUUCACACUGGCUUCAGAGCUCCAUCCAGACUGGAUGCUGCUGCUGUUCUUCACCCACACCCACCUCACCGUCACGGUCACGCUAGGCCUGCUGCUUGUCCCCAAGUUCCUGUUCACCGUGAGCCACCUGAGAGACGACAUCGCCUCCGAGGCCUACGAGGACGAGAUGGACAUGGGUCGCUCCGGGUCCUACCUCAACAGUAGCAUCACGUCGGCCUGGAGCGAGCACAGCCUGGACCCCGAGGACAUACGGGAGGAGCUGAAGAAGCUGUACUCCCAGUUGGAGAUCUACAAGCGGAAGAAGAUGCUGGCCAACAACCCUCACCUGCAGAAGAAGCGGAGCUCCAAGAAGGGUCUGGGCCGCUCCCUGAUGCGGCGCAUCACCGAGAUCCCCGAGUCGGUGCACCGGCAGUGCAGCCGCGACGACAAGGAGUCGGGGGAGCAUGGCAGCAACCGCAACAGCAUCUGCCAGCUGAGGAAGAACCCCUUCGACCCGGCUCUCCAGCCGGGCAAGACCACCCAAGUCAAGGAGGAGCCCCUGAAGAACAAGGUCUUCUCCCUGAAGAAGUCCCACAGCAGCUAUGACCACGUCCGGGACCCCGGCGAGGACUCCAACGGCUCUGCCAUGGACAAGAUGGAGGUCUCCGAGGCCGAAGGCUCGCUCCUGGACACCCUCAUGGGCAAGAAGCUGGUCCGGAAGAAUUCCGACGAGAAAGUGGACGCCGCCAGUGAAUCCACCGAGUCGGUUCCUUUGGUGUGCAAGUCGGCCAGUGCGCAUAACCUAACGGCGGACAAGAAGCCACUCCACCCGAGGACGUCCAUGCUGCAGAAGUCACUAAGUGUCAUCGCGAGUGCCAAGGAAAAGACGAUGGGCUUGGCGGGGAAGAGUGUGGAGGACAGCAGCAAGAGGAGCCAGCCGAAGAGCAAAGACACAAAGACGUCGGCCCUCGACCCGGAGGACGAGUGCCAGCCCAAGAUGAUCAACAGCCAAUCGGUGGAGUACAAGCAGACGGCGGCCAAAGGCGGCAUCAUGAAGCAGCAGGUGAGCGGCAGCCAGCCGUCCAUCUGCUCCGACCCGGCCAAGAGCAAGGAGCUCUACGACCUGUCCGAGGUGUGUCCCUGGGAGGUGGAGGACCUCCCAACCCCGUCUGAGAACAAGGUGCAGAAGCACGUGUCCAUUGCGCCGAAGGAGACCACAACGCACCAUGGCGCAGGAACCAAAGCGGUGAAGCCCCAGCAGCAGCAGAAGCAGCAGAAGGCUUCGGACCUGUCCCCGUCCAACCCCAGGAACUCUAAAGAAAUACCCAGAAAUACUGUGGAGCGAGCCGAUGUAUGUCCAUGGGAAGAAGGGGGUGGAGGUGAGGUUGGCCAUUCGGAAGAAUCAAAACCCUCUGGUCAGACUAGAAAGCCUGGACAGCCUGCCCCGAGCCCUCAACCUCAAACCUCUCGGGUGGAUGUUUGCCCCUGGGACGCUGAGGAAGCUCAAGUCCCAGACGAUUCGGCGCACUCGCAGGACACAUCAAAACAGAGGAAGUCCACGACGCAAGCCGAUGGGGGCAAGGGUAAAAGUGGCCAUUUGGACCCCUCCAAAACAGACAGCUCUCUGCAGACCUCGAUAGCAAGAGCUGAUGUUUGUCCCUGGGAUUCGACGGCAAGAGCAGACUCUGUGAAUACCGAGAGGCCGGCGAGGUCGCCAACAGCUCCCAUGGUUACGGAAUCCCCUUUAAGUAAGAAGGUCCCAGCGGCGUCUUCAAGAACGGCAGAGAGAGACAGGGCGAGGGAGAGGUCGAAAUACCCAGACGACGAGAGAAUCCGAACGAAAGCCAAGGAAAAAGGCAAAUCCUCUUUGGAGAAACACGCAAGCAAGCCGAAGGUGGUUGAGGUUUGUCCAUGGGAGGCGGAGGUGCAGCAAUCACAAGCAGUGGAGAAACUGAGAAGCGUCAACAUUGGCGCGGCAACGGUGAAACCGGCUGAAGUCUGCCCAUGGGACUUUGAUGAGGCGGCCGGUCAGAAAGACUUGAGCGAUCCAACAGCGAGGAAGACCAGCCCGAAGCCCAGAGGGAAGGUGUCAGGCAGCCCAAAGAAGGCAGAUGUUUGUCCUUGGGACUUUGAGGACAGCACAGCGUGACCUUCAAACCGAAAUGGACGAUUGAACAUGUAGUUCUUGUGUGUCUUUUUACUUUUAUUUUUUUACUUCUGAAUCCCAAAAUAUUAAUUUUUACAAUUAGUAGGAUGACUUGGAAGAAGAAGAUUAUGAAACUCCACAAGUUGCCUUCCUUUCUGUGGUUUUGGAUUGAAGUUGUCUAUUUUGAGAGAAAAAAGGGUCAAUAUAAAAGAAAAAUAUAACAAUAAGCAUUCCAGUUUAUAGUAUCGAUGGAGGUGGUUCGUAGUCUAUACUUAUGCAACUUUCCAUCCAUCAAAUUUUUA